AUGCUAUUUAGAUCUGCCUUUAGAUUUUGCUCUUUUAACAAAGAUUUAUUCUAAAGACAGAAGCCACUCAUACAAAUUGAUAACAUAAUAAAGAUUCUUAGACCUUUCGAUAUUGAAAUUAAUAUUGAAGAGAUGGUGGAGACAGUUAAGAUUGUCGGAAAAUAUGUAAUAUUAUAAUUUUACUUUAUUUUAGUCUAAGCACACUCUAUACAAAUUUCCUAUUCCUUCAUGUACGAAUAUAUUAAUAUGAAGUUUUGUAAAGUAAUUGCAUACAAAUAGAUCCAUAAUUCAUAUCAGAAACAUAAUAAAGAAUAAUGAAAAAUGUAAACAAAUCUAUACUACUCAGAUACCAUCAAAUCCUAAAAACCUAUCCAUUUUUUAUCGAAUGUACAGAUAUCCAAUGAGAAUGGCUUUGCCUAAGACAGUGUUUUAAAUAUCAAAGAGUUUAGGAAAAUCAUCUUUAUCUGAGUAAACUUUGAGAUUGGCUGCCUGUUUAGAAAACAUAUAAAUAGCACUUAGUUUACAUAUGAUGAUUGAUCGUAAAGAAUACAAAUUCCAAUCAUUUUAGGUUAUCACACAUAGAAACCAUCAAUCUUCAGUUUAGAAAGAAUUAUUUACAAUAAAUUAUCAGAUAAAAAAUUAGUUUUAGGAGGAGAUUUCUUUCAUUCAAAAGCGUAUUGAUAUAAUUACUAUUUUAAUAUAGAUCAGUCUUAAGUGCUAACAUAAUGAAAUAAGUAGAAGUGCCAUUAUUUUUAUCAAUGUUAGAAGAAGAAGCAGCAAAAGGAGUGUUUUAUGAGUAUGAUUUGUUUGAGAAAAUUAAAGAAAAGGGAGCAAGUACAAUAGUACCUGAAGAAGUUUAUUAAUUGGCUUAUCAUCAAUGUGCCAGUAAAUUUGCAUUUACUACAAUGUAUUAAUUAGAUUAAAAUAAGUUUAACAUAUUGGUUGUAGAAUGGAGAUUUAAAUAAAUUAAAUGAUGCAUUUAAAGCAGGUGUAUAUUUGGGAUUGUGCAUAGACUUUUAAAAUUAAAUGAAAUAUUUUGUAAGAAAUCUACCAACAAUGUCAAAUACAUUAUUAAAGGCUGUAGUAAAUAAUAAUGAGUGCAAUUUUUAUUAAGAUAAAAUAGCGUAAUGUAUUUUAUUAAAUUAAAAGAUUACCAAUUUAUUAUAUGCAUUAGAAAUCUAAAGAAACAACAUCUUUGUAAUAAUUACAUGAUCAUGCACUCAAAUAAUCUGAAAAAGUCAUAGAGAUUAUGAAAGAUAAGUCAAAAGAAUAUUUUCUAAAAUUGGGAGCUAAUUUUGAAGAUAUAGAAGAUCUAAUUGAGCAUUUUUGCAGAUAUGAGUGA